UCGCGGCGUGAUGACGUCACCGGGCCGCGGCGCGGCGGCCGUGCCGGCCACUCAGUCAUGGUGACCAGUUAGCGCGUGGUGUCGCCGUGUUUUUCGCCCCCGGGGACCAUCGUCAGGAUGCCGAACGCCGACCUGGAGCUCGACCAGAUCGCCGCCCCGGACAUGACCUAAACCCGUGUGAAGGUGUGAAGCGGGGUUUGGCGAUCCAGGAGGAAGCAUGGCGACUCCGGUAGCGACGGACAACUCGUCGGUGCCCUCGCUCCAGCUCCAACCGAAAUUCUGCUUUCGCAGCCUCCAAGAUAUGGUGCCAGCGCGGGUGGUGCUGUACAUGCUGUCUUUCUCGGGGUUUCUGGUGAGUUUCAUGAUGCGCACGGACAUCAACAUAGCCAUCGUGGCCAUGGUGAAGCUCCCCUCGACGCCAACCAACAGCACCGAGGCCCAGGAGAAGUACUGCUUCGUCCCGCCCACCUCCAACGUAUCCGAACAACCGGACGUCAACAUCACCUCCUUAUCGGAGGAGGGUGAGUUCGACUGGAAUCCAACAACGCAAUCGGCCAUCCUCGGGUCAUUCUACUGGUGCUACAUCUUGUCGCAGAUAAUCGGUGGUGUUCUGACGCAACAGUUCGGCACUAAAACCGUGUUCGGGUUCUCGCAGUUGGUCACAGCUGUCUGCUCCUUGCUCAUCCCACAAGCUGCUGUCUUUCAUUACUCCGCGCUCAUAGUCUUGCGCUCAAUACAAGGCUUUGCCUCGGGUUUAACGUGGCCUGCAAUGUACGCUUUAGUUGGCCACUGGAUUCCGUCCAAUGAGAGAAGCAGAUUUAUGUCAUCAUUCCAAGGUUUUAGUUUCGGGAUUGGGCUGACGUACCCGCUGUGUGGCUUCCUGAUCGCGCAUUAUGGUUGGCGCAUUGUUUUCUACACGACUGGCUCAAUUGGACUUAGUUGGUGUGUAGUCUGGUGGCUUCUGGCGUUCGACUUGCCGCGCAAACAUCCUCGCAUCACCCGAUCUGAGUUGGCGUACAUUCAGAGGACUAUCGGCAACACUGUCAUUGGUAGAAAGGAAAUGAAAGUUCCAUGGAUGUCCAUUUUAACAUCUCCGCCCGCCUGGGCCAUUGGUGUCACUACUUUUGGCAGAAUUUGGGUUCAUUAUGUUUUCAUCAUUUGUGGACCAUUGUAUAUGAAGACUGUUCUGGGCUUCAGUAUACAAAAGAAUGGUCUAUUAAGUGGAGUCCCCUUUUUGUGCAGUUACUUAUCAUCAGUCAUAUUUUGUUACCUAGCAGAUUACCUUGUCGUUCAUGAGAUAUUAUCCUUAACCAAUGUGCGCAAAUUGUUCACCGCUGUGUCUCAAAUCAUUCCAGGCCUCUUGUUACUUGCAAUCGGUUACCUGGGUUGUGAAAUCAAUUUGGUUCUUGUCACUUGGUUCAUAGCUGUUACUCUAAUCACUGCAGCUUACGCCGGAGCAAUGGCAAACGUCGUCGAUAUCGCUCCUAACCUAGCGGGUCCAAUUCUCGCAUUUGCACAAACAAUACAUAUGUCUGCCAGCUUCUUAUCACCUUUGGCUGCUGGUUUUAUUUUAGAAGAAGAUACAAGUUUGGUUGCUUGGCGCAAAGUAUUUGGAACGGCUGCCGUAGUUGCAAUUGGAACGUACUCAAUGUUCCAGUUGUGCGGAACAGCUGAAGUACAAAGCUGGAACUACCCAGAUGGUAAAAUCCCAGCCAAGACUGCACCGGAAGAUCUUCACCCCCUCAGUGCCAAACCCCUAGAAAAAAAUAAUUGUGAAAGUGCCGUAGAGAGUUGAGCAACGUCUCGGUAAAGUCUGUUUGAGUUACUUUUCAUUCCCUUUAUUUUGUUACCUAUUAUUUUUUCUUCAUUGCUAAGGAUGUAAUCUCUAUUUAAGACUUAUUUUUGUACUCUAGUUGAAUUUAGUCAAGUAUAGUCAUUAUAUUUUCUACCUUAUGAAUUUGUUAAUAUUUUAUUUUGAUUGGAGUUUAAGAGUAGAUAAAAUUAUUUAUAUUAGGUCAAUUUCUGAUCAUUUGUAGCAAUUUUGACAACUGAAACAUCUACAAAUUAGAUAAGAUUGUAUGAUCAUCUAAAAGAGUGUAAACACAAGUUGGACGAAUUCAACCGGAAUCGGCUGAACCAUAUUUCACAUUGCCUAAUUUUCUCUCAUGUUUUAUUUUUUUUACAGAAAACAUAACACCUAAACGCCAUUAAAAUUUGUGUGAAUGACCCUAGAUUAUGGAGAUUAUACUUGCAAAAUUUCAGUUUUUUCUGGUUUUCUGUUCAAUAGAUAAAAAAUCAGAGAAAAUCAGACCUCUGUUAUAGUUAGACUGAUUUCGGUAAAAUCGUCCAGUUAAUUGACUGAAAAACGGCUGAUAUCUAAAAGGACCAACAUUUUUUCAAAGAUCAAAAUUCUUGAUUGUUUCAUUAUCUCAAAGAGAAAGAUAUGCUAAUGAAAUUGAAUUUUUGUGAGCCUCAAAAUGAUAAUGAUUAUAAGCUUUCAAGUUUUUAUUGGGAGAAAAGUCGUUUCAAAUUGACAAAGUUGUUGGUCAAAAAAUACAGUAAGCCAUCAACCGGCGUGUCAUACGCUGAGACGGACAUUUUGCUCUUACAACUUCUAAAAAUCAAAAAGAACAAAAGUUGUACAUUUUUUCUAACUCUUUCAAUGACAGUCAACUCAAACAAGUAAAGUGCUCAACCAUAUUAAUAUAUAUUUUAAGUUCUUUUCAGUGCAAAGACUUUUUAAUUACAAAGUCAGCGCAUCUUACUGUAUAAAUUUAAACACCCUCUACCGAAGAAUCAAACCAUUUCCAUAUCACCAGACUUUUUUCAGUGAGAUAUAAGUAAGUAAGACAGUGAAACUGCAAAAAUGUAUAGCAAAGUUUUCAAAUCUCCAUUUUAUUUUUCAAUAGGCAACGUAACCAACCUUUUGACUUGAAAUUCUCACAGAAUACCCUUCACAUAGAAUUAAGAAAAGGUGUUCAGUAGCUCUCCAUGUAGAAAAUCAAGUAUGACGGAAAGGCCCCAACACCAUAAACAAAGAUAUGUAUUUCUGCAGUUUUAUUAUGGAUUUGCAGCUCACAAAACAAUUACAGUCACAGAGAUACAACACUCUAAUUGGCUCAGUUAAUCAGCCGACAUUUGCAUAGAAACAAUCAAAUCAGCAAUUUUGUAAAUUUUCAGUCGUUUUUGGCAAUAAUAUUUUACUCCAUUUUAAUGAUUCUUUGGUAUUAAAUUUUGAUUGUCGUUUCAUUAGUCUCAUACUAUAGUUGUGGUUCAAGUUACAAAAAUAUAUUGGAAGUAGGUACCUAUCUAAUCAGUUAAAUUUUCUAACUCUGCCUUGUAAUUUUUAGUCACAGUUUGAUAAGUUUCUUUCGCCAUCAUAGUGGUAGCAUUGGUCAGUCAUGUCCACAGUUUAAUUUCGGACGGAUAUUUGACUUUUACGUACCCUACUGCUCGAAAUUUGUGGAGAAGUCGUGUAUUUUUAAGAGACGAAUACCUCUUUUCGAAAAAGUGAAAUUAUUUCUUGAAGAAUAAAAAUUUGCUGGUUCAAAAUGUAAGUAACUGUAGAGAGGUCAAGUUAUCCUUGUCCUUAAAAUUCCAUUGGAAGCCUUAAAGAAGACUAUCCUCUUAUGAUGUUUGAGCAUUUCAGGAUGCGUCACAAGUAUGUAGACAAGUCUCAAGAAAAAAUGACACAGCAUUAAACAAGAAAGAACUUGGCAAUAAACUAAAUGGGGACCUUGAUUGGGUUGUCACAGAUCCACGUCAAGUUAUCAAUUGAAAUGUUGAAAUUUACUUUCUUGAGGAAGCUAUUAUUUUCCUGUAAAGCAGUGUAAAAGAUUAAGGUGCCUUUUUUUUAGAGCUAGUCGCAAAUUUUAGCAUACUGCUGAAUUCUUCUUGCCAAAAUUUUUAGAGGAAGAUGAAAUGUGAGGAUUCUUGGAUUGAAUUUUCUUCUUCAACAAUCUUCCCCCUUUUUCCGCCAUUAUUCCAACAAUUUACACUCAAGUUUUAAUUUAUUGUAAAGUGGAAUUCGUUUACAAAAAUCUUAAAAUUUUUGGAUGAAUGAUUUCAAAUUAGAUUGAUUUUGACAGAAACGCACCAAGUCACAACAAGUUUUAACGAGGGAAAGAGUCAUGAAGUUUUAUUUCUAACGCUUAGGACUAAGUCCAAUAGCUACUUUCACGUUCAAAAUAUGCUUUCUCGGUCAUACAUUUUUGACAGGAGAGAAUUUUUGACUAAUUGAAUGGGCCAUUAUUAGAACUGAUUUUUACGUAUUUUACAAUGGUGAAAUUUUUUUUCUUCAGAUUUAAGAUUUAGUACAGAUAUCAUGUGUUAGAAGAAGAAGGAAAUAUGAGGGAAACUAAACUAUAGUUAGUUCCCUAACAAGUGGGUUGAUUUUGAUGCCUAAUUCGUCAAUUAUGGUUUUUCCUAGAGCAGGAAGUUUCGAUUCACUAUUUAUGAUAGGAGUUUUAGAUGUUAAUUUCUCACUUAUAAGUCGACUUUGAAUGUUGCCAAUAUGUUCAAUGCGUUCUGCGUGAAAUUUUGAUAGAAUAAUUAUAUGCGGCUUGGCGCGUUUCUAUUCAUUUUGGUCUGAUUGACCUCUUUGCAGUCAACUUGUUUGUACAGUAAAUUUUCAUUAGAGUUAAAAGUUAGGAUUUUGUAUAUUCCUUUGAUGCCCUCUUAAGUUUUUAAGAAUAUUUUGGGAUGUUUCUUUCCAUCCUCCUCCAGAACACUGGUUUAAGUUUGAGUUGAAAUUUGUUUCAACAAAUUUGUAACUCAUAAAAUUUGCCUUAUAUAUAGUUACAUAGAAUGAAUCAACCCAAUUUUGUUUAAAUUUUUAAUCGUAAGUUUGUCAAGUUGAAAAGUAUGCCAUCUACAUAUUUUGGCAUCAAGUCCAUUUUUCUUUUUCUUUUGAAGCUCUUAAGACUUUAAAAUACUCUGAAGACUUGUAAUCUGUAACAAUUUGUAAAUAUUUUUUGAGUUAAAGAUGUAGAAAAAAUUGUAGAAAUGGACUCUUCAGUCAAAAUUUUUUUACUGUCAUCUUAUUUACUGAAACUCGUAGCCAUCAAGUGUACUCAUCAGACAUGUAUUCAUUAGUUGAGAAGGAUCUCUGUAUUUUUGACCUCAGCAAAGGUUAAAAUAUCAGAAGUUAUCAAUGUCCAGGGAAUUGCAUUUAGAGGCAAUUCAAUGAGCAUUUAUCUCAAGCAAUGCAUUUAAAAUCGUUGGAUUGCUUACAUUUGUACGAUAACGUUCUGUCUCAAAAAAUUAUUUAGAAGGAUGUCCUUAUAAAUGUCUUUCUAACUGGGGUAGUGCCGUUUUGGGGGGUUAGUGGGAGCAACUCAACACUGUCCGUUGUUCAGAAGGUCAUUUUUGAUCGAAAAUUGAUGCUUAUCAAUAACUAAUUAUCAAAACCCUAUGGAUUGCAAAAGAGCUAAAUGGGUCUUUUUACAAGGUAUAAACUAAAACACUACAGAACUCCUUAUACAUUUUAUGAGGAGGAUGAAUCACACGACAGAAAGCCUAGAAAUCAACUCUCAAAUAAGAUAUAAGUGUUCAGGUUAGGUUAACCAAUGUUAAUGAACAUUGGUGAAUAAGGAGAAUACUAAUGAUGCCAUUUGCAUGAUGUAACUUCCAUUUGAUCAAUGUUCAUUUUUGUAGAUGUACAAUUUUACUCACUUGGAAGUUGAAAUAGUUGUAUCCCGUGUUUUGCCUCAUCCAACUUUGCUACUCCGCGUUAAAGUCUCUGAGCGAAAAAGAGACCAUUUUCUCCUUCAUUGUUGUAGGUACACAAUUUUACUUGGAAAUCGAAAUGGUUGUAUCUCGUUUUUCGCCAUAUCGGACUUUUUUACUCUGCGUUAAAGUCUGAGUCUGUUGAUACUUAGUUGAGGAGUUGAUCUCGUAGCUUACCAUUGUGUGAAUUAUUUUUUACAUAUAUAAGAAUAUGAAGGUAAAAUAAGUUAUACUUUUUCCUAGUUAAAACCUUAUCUAGUAGCUCAUAGACAGUCAGUCAGUUUUCAAGCUCCUACAGAUGACUCAAAACUCAAUAACAUUUAAAAUCCACAAAACACUCAGAAAUUUUGAAUGUGUUACUUUUCUCAAUUCUCUCAUUUUGCAUGAGGAAAGAGGAAAUAGGUUUUGAAUUAUCCGAUUUUAUACUCCUGUUAAAAGUACAGAGAUUUUUCUUGAAAGAAAAUUUUUUAUGUGUUUCUUUAUUUAAAAUGUAAUUGUUUCCAAUCGUAUGAUUUUGUAUAAUAAAAUCAAUGCCCCAUGAAUUUGAGAAAGUAACUGUUGAACACCUCAGGAAAAAGACAAAAUGGCACUAAAUUUCAAUGCAAAUCAAUGAGUGAUGAAGAAAAAUUAGCAAAAGAAGAAAUGUAAGAAAAUAAAAGCAAAGAAAAUAAAUAAAUAUUAUGAGUAAGUA